AAACUGUUCAAUGAACGUACGAUCAUGUCGUGUCCGAAUGAUAUAAAAGGGUGGGUUUGUCAAGGAAGUAAAGUCUAAUUCAUCCAUUCAUCUCUUCAUUCAAGAUAAACAGACCUCACAACAUAUUUCACCAUGAACGCCCUUAUUGACACGUUAACAAACGGCAUUGACUCCGGUUCUCAUGAAGGAGUCUUAGCCUACAGAGCUCCCUCCCUUCUCCAACCUCAUAGAGCCCGUGAUGCUAUCCGCGAUGCUCACGAUGGAAAGAUCGCACCACUAGUUGGAUUUUUCAUCGGUUUACCUUCUCCACCCAUCGCAAAAGUAGCGGCUCAGUUGGGCUAUGAUUGUGUAUGGAUUGAUUGGGAACAUACUUCCAUGAGUGUGGAAACUAUGACACAAAUGGUUCAUGAUGUUCAAUUCAUGAGUGAGGGAAAGAGUUUUGCAAUUGUUCGUGUGCCAGGCCAUGAUCACGCAUCAAUCGGCUAUGCCCUGGAUGCUGGUGCCUCCAUUCUCGUCCCCCAAGUCGAUACAGUAGAACAGGCCAAACACAUCAUUUCGUCUGCCAAAUUCGGCGCCGUUCGAAAUGGCACUCGUUCAGCACCUCCAGCUCGAUACCUAAUGGGUAUCUCAGACACCACCAUUGAUUCCUCCAAGUCUAUCUGGGAAAAUGUGAAUAACCAAGCCGCCAUUAUCAUCCAAAUCGAAACUCUCGAAGGAAUCCACAAUCUCGAUGCUAUCCUUACCGAAUGCGGCGAAAAUAUUGAUUCUGUCUGGCUAGGUUCAUUGGAUGCCAGAAUUAGUAUGGGACUACCCGGUAUGUGGGGUGCUGAGAAGGAAUGGACUGAUGCGGUUGCACUUUACGAAAGUACAUUGGCAAAGCAUAAUAAGCCUUCCAGUGGAAUGGCUAUGGGUUUUAGCGUGGAUGAUAAGAUAGCAAUGGCGAGAGGAAAAAGUUUGGUGAUUAGUGGGAGUGAUAUCUUUCCGUUAAUGAUGCAGGCGGCUGAGGCGAAACAAAUGCAUGCAAAUUUGAAAGCUCACGAUCACAAGGGAAUUUAUAAGAUAUUGUAAGAGCUGGAUGGAGGAGUUUGUUGUUGUCGAUUUUAGCGCCUGGUAGGAAACACUGUGAGCGGGAAAAACUACGAUUAUUUUAUACGGUCUUUCACAUUUAGAGAUUAGACUAUUGAAAUUCUAUAUUCACUAAAGUUA